CAAUGUGAGCUGAGCGAAGCGGCUCGUAAAUAUCGUAUAUACGUUUGAGCGCGUUUCGGCCGUAUUUCCCGCAACUCGACAAAUGAAACGCGGCGAGCAACGCGAGAUCAACAAGUGCUUGCCGAGAGCGCGAUCGAACGAUGAACUAUCUCAACAGUUUAGCAGGCGGCACGAUCACCGCCGACUCGGGCUUGCAGUUAAACAAUGUCGAUGUUCUCUACACGAAGGUGCAAAGGAUUUACGUCAAGCCACAGCAUAAGGAGGAGCGCCAGCGGGAUCUCAGAAUCAAUGUCGAGAUUCACGCUGGCAUCAGUCCGGUUUGCCGCAAGAGUCUGUGUGUGAUGCUGUCUGAUGAUGAUGAUUCAUGUUUUCUCUAUUCUCUAUUCAUCACCGAAGAUGACUUUAAGGUGUUGAAAGCGCAGCAGGGACUGCUAGUUGACUUUGAUAAUUUUGCCACUCAAUUGAUAUGCUUAUUGGAGCAAUGUCAGGUUCCAGGGACGAGUCAACUGUCAAAAACUCCACCAAAGUUCCUCCUAUUGUUGGCAGAGGAGUCUGGAGAUUGGAAUUUUAAGCUUGUAGAAACGAAUAAUUUUAAACAUCUUUGUCAUCUAAGUUUAAAUAUAUCACCCGCAAGUGAUUCGGAUUUGAAAACACACAUGGCAAUGAAGAUUAAGCAUCUGAAAGAGAGUAUUUCGAAACAAAGUAGGGAUGCAAUUAGUUUAGAAACUACAUUAAACGAUUUAACAGGCAAGCUGGAAACAAAAACAAAAGAGUUGGAGCAGCUGGAACAAAAAUAUUUAACUGAAAAGAACCAGAUACAAUUUAAUUCAUCGCAGCAAAUUAGUAUAGAAAAAGACAGAUUAGCACAAGCACGACUAGAAUGGCAACGGCAAAGUGAAAAAGAAAAAAUGGAAAUUGAACAGAGGCAUGCUGAAACUAUGAAACAGUUACACACAGAACUUGCUGAAUUACGAACACAAAACAUGACAUACAAAGAUAAACAAUCCUUUUUAGAAGCUACAAAUACAGAGCAAGUAAAACAAUUACAGACUCUCGAGAAGCAACUUAAUAUCGUUGAACGAGAUUUGGCGUUACUCAGAAAGCAAAAUUCAAAAUUAGAUGUAGAUUACCAUGACAGAGAUCAAGCUGUCAAUAGUUUGCGUACGAAGGUAGCUGUGCUUGAACAAGAAUUAAAAGACAAAACGGUAAUCAUUAACAAGCACAUGGAAAUGUUAAAAACAGGUAAAGAACAAAAACAGCAUUUAGAGGAUCUCUUAACUGAGAGAGACAGUCAAUUGCAACGCAAGCAAAAUUCCUUAAAAAGUUUAAGUGACGAGUUAGUAAAAGCCAAUGAAAUCUUAACUAAAUUACAAAAUGAACUUGCAUCAACCAAGUCCAAGUUAAAAUUAAGAACGAGCAUAGCGCUCGAACAGGAAAGGUUGUUAGACAGCAAACAGAAAGAAGUUGGCCAAUUGGAAAUAAAAAUGGAAGGUCUUGUCAAAGACGCGAAAGAUGCAAAAAGUGAAAUAGACAAUUUAAAAGAACAGAUAAAAACAUUGCAACAUCAAUUGGAAGAAAAAGAAAAGAUUAUAAAAAAUAAUGAUAAUGUAAUUAGUUGGCUGAAUCGGAGAUUAGCAGACAAUCAAUCGCCAUUACAAAGUGCUGCUACUCCAGCUCCAAUUACGAUACCAUCCUCCGUUCCAUUGACGUUACCCAGAACAAAUAAAUUAUUUCCUAAUCGAUAUGAAACACGCACGCCUGCACCCAGUACAAUACAGCCUAAUACAUUAUCGGGAUUACCGAUGAAAAAUCCGAUCGUGCAAAAUCCGAACAUUAAUCAGACCACUCGCACGACAGCCCGGUCGAUGGGUGUCGGUGUAACAGAAAGUUCGGUAGGAUUAACCACCUUCAAUAAGAGCCCUUUAAUUUCGAGUACUAGCACACCUAUGGAGCGUUUCAAUUCGUUGAAUAAAAUACCGGGAAAUCCAGCAGCCUCAACCUCUGCACCGGCUAUAAUCGAGAAUAACAAUGGUCCAGCGGUGAUCUCGAAUGGUACAAAAGUGAAAACUGCAAGCGUUGGUUUACAGGGCGGAUUAAGACGAGCAGGAUUGUCUGAUAAACCCAUUUUACCUUCCGCAUAUUUUCCUAAGACUUUGCAUUAA